AUGAUUUCCCAAACGAAAGAGCCCGGUCAUGAAGGAGGCUCUGGCGACGUCGCACCGUUGUACGGGUUGAGGAAUUCCUGUGAUCCAUGCCACUCUUCCAAAUUGAGAUGCAGUCGAGAGAAGCCAACAUGUGCCCGCUGCAAGAAAAAUAGAACUGUUUGUAUUUACAGCCCAACGAAGCCUCCAGGAAGACGGCGUAGAGUUACGACCGUGUCGAGUGCUGGCCAAGGUGCUAUGGCAAAUCCAUCAUAUUUAACAAAUGCGACGAGGGUAGAUAAGACGGGGUCGGAUCAGACAACCUUAGCAGACAGCCAGGAGGUAGCAACCCCAGCCUACGCCAACUCACAUCCCACGAACCCGGCAUCACAAUGGGAUGCCCUACACACCGUGAUGGACAAUGAGGAUUUCGAACGAUACAUUAGCGGUUUAGACUCUCUUGACCCAUCAGCAAUGCUAGAUACCCAACUAUCUAAUGUCGACCUUUUGGCAACGCCAAUCAACAAUACUGCUCUUGAUAUAGGUGGGGGUGACGGGGCUCACACGACAAAUGAGGAUCGCUGGCUGGCACUGGAUCCUACCAGCGAAGGAUUCAAUAUCCCGGACCUCGUAACAGCGCCGGGGUCCAGCUCUCAAAGUACCGACCAAUCUUUCUCGACGCCAGAUUCUUCCUGGCUUUCCAACUCGAUGCAGUUUUCGGCGGAGUGUGUCUCCCUCAAGCAAUGGGCGUCGUCUUCUCGACCGCUGCUGCUGUUCAGCAAUGUCUCUGAGCCGCAGGACUUGACCGAUGUCCAGUGCCUCUGCUACUCUGCUGUGGCGAACCUCCAAUUUCACAGCAAGAGCGCGUGCAACAUGCAACCUGCUGUAGGCCUAGGGGCGUGUCUACAUAUGGAAAGGCUCCUCCGCUGGACCUGGACCAUCCAUAAGGGAUGCCAAGGUUGCCGCAACGAUGAGUUGGUCAAAUUUAUAGUGGCCGGCGUUACCAAUCAAGUGGUGGGCACCUUCCGAACCAUCAUCGACGACAACGCGAAAGGGCUGCAUGGAGGCGUGAGAAGCGUAGCCCACAGCGUGAAUCGGCCACUAGACAUGAGGCCGCAGGAAGAGACGCAGCGGUCUCUGUUCGAUUGGACGAGUCUGAACUUUGGUUCGAAGAGCAUCCAUGGCGCUGCCAAAAUAACUUUUCUACGUCGCUUGAUGGGCCUAAAACUUCGUCAGAUUGGCCAGUUGCUAGAGGACCUCGUGGAUGGAAAAGGCUCGGAGCCAGGCAAAGAAUUGGCACAGGCGCUCCGAGUGCUUAUUUCCGGCAUCUCAGAGCGUCUCAAUGUAACCACUGGUAUGUUGUCGACGCUAGAAUGA